AAGCACCCGCCUCGAUAGCGCACCUCCGAUACAUCUAUGCGGGCAGGAUCCCAAAGCGACGGCUGCUUGUGUAACGGACUUCCGACAGCCGACUAGACUAUACCCGCUCGCUCUGAAGACUAGUCUCGAAUAAGUUUCCGGGGAUUCGUUGUCGGUCUGAGAGCUCGAUAUACUUGCCGUUGAAUCUACGAAAAUGGGCAUCCUUGCGAUCCACGUCGCUCUGCUAGUCUUCGUGCUCAUGCUCGCACACUGCCACGCCGGCUAUCGCAUCCCGUACCCGAUGAACUCCGUUGCUGUGUCGACGGGACUCGGCAAGCGAGCCGAAGAUGAGACUAUAGACGGACGACCGAGUCUAGGACGCUUGGAUUUAGACCAGACCGCACGCGUUUGGCCCGCGUCGGACACCUACACGGUCAGGAGGAGCGGAGAUAGCCAACCAGCGCCACCUGUUGGUGCACCUUGGAACAUGGUUGACAUUGUCAAUGGCAGGCCCGAAACGUAUGAGUUGGAGACAAGCAAUGCAUGGAGUAACCCACACGCCGCGGCAGCGAAUAGGUACAACGCGAACACGAACACGAACGAUAAACUCUACGGCUUAGUUACGCGUGAUCUCAAGUCACCUGGCAGCGCCAUCUACAGUGAACUUGAUAACGCAGCAUUCGAAUAUUUUGACAGACUUAAUCGACGCGAGGUGGCAGCAGCGUCCAGCUACGAUAGACCGCAAAUCCCGCCCAACACGCAGCUAGUGAAAGCUAUGAUGGGGCUGUGGAAACCCUACCUGAGGCAACGCCGCAGCACGAUAAAAGAAACACUGCGCAUGAAUUAGACCACGCCACGCACUGACACAUCGCAGUGACAUCUCACUCGCACACGCGGGACACCACUUCCGCGCGACACAGUAACAUGAAACAAUGACUCAAGCGAAACGACCGGCAGUGUCGACCCGCUAGGUAGCGCCAACAGACGGUGACGGAGAGCAAGACCCAGUCUCUUGGUGACGCGCGGCUGGAACUUGUCAAAGUUACGAUAGAACAAAGUGCUAAUAGCACCACAACCUUGGUGUUUGUACUAGAACUGGACUACAGCGUUGCCGCCUUCCAUGUAUUGUUGCACGUGUGUCUGUCUACCCCGCACAUAAUAUUAUACAAACCCGUAAGUCGUGCACAAGCGUGCAUACGCGGUGAUAAAUAUUCGAUUAAAGUUCGCAGAAUCUAUAACCGUUGGGUGAAGAAUCGCUCUUUGUACAUCAGUUCGUGGUGAGAAUCUAAUCGAUAAACGGUUUUCGGUAAUAUCGGCUAAUACUAACGCUUUGUUGUUUUGUUUUGUUUCCUUGGGUGCAUAGGAUUAGUGGAUUUCGGUUGUGAAUCUGUUUUUUAGGAAUAGUUGCGAGUUUGCUCGAUUUUCAAUUUAAACUAAGGAAUGAGGUGAAUUAAUUUAGAUGAGCUAUACCUUAAAUAAAAAUACAACGUUGUUGAAAAUAA